GUUGGUGUCCACACUGCUGAAAAGUAAAGGGAUGCAGCUGUCUUUGACUCAGCCAUGCUCCUGGGCACUCCUGCUGCUGAUAUUGUCAAACCUGCUUCUGUGUGAGAGUGUGGCCUCUGUGCCCAAGUGUGAAGUAAUAAAUGGGCAAUGCCAGCUGACUCUCGAGCACUUGCUUAAUCGGGCACGUGGUCUAUCUGAGAACACCAAUCGCCUCACUUCAGAAAUAUUCAAUGAGUUUGAUAAAGAACACUCUUCUGCUCCAGGUUCCUGGGGCAAAAUCCCCCUGGUGUGCUACAAUUAUUCCCUCACUGUUUCAGAUAGCACAACAGAAGAGCAAGAGAUUCAGCCUGAGGUCCUCUUGAAAGUGUCCAUAGGUAUGUUGCUUGGCUGGAACCACACCCUGAGGCACGUAGCAGCAGAUAUGGCUGAUAUGAAAUCAAUCCCUGGUGUUGGAACUUUCAUAUCUAAUGUCAGAAAAAUAGCUGCAAAAUUCACAAGACUCACAAGAGUACUAAAGGAGGUUAAGUCAUUGCUCCAACUGGCUCGUCUUGAAUCUGAGAAAGAUGAGGACUACCCUGCCUCAGCUGGACUUCCAUCAUUACAUCUGCUAACUAAGCCCUCUCGCCUUACUGUCUAUCAUGCUCUUCUGGGCUGUGUGAAUUAUGAUGCAGAAAAGAUUGCAACUCAUGUGAAGAUCCUGAGAUGCAAAAUGAUCCACAGAAACUGUUAA